AAAACCGAAAAAACCUUUAGAGCCCUAAAAACAGCCACUCAACUAUCCAGUCUCCACUCCCACAGCCUCGGAAGAAAAAAUGUCAGCAGAAACCCCAAUCCGGUUCGGAAUUCUGGGCUGCGCUGAUAUAGCCCGGAAGGUCUCACGCGCCAUCAUUCUCGCCCCCAACGCCACUCUUUUCGCCGUCGCAAGUCGUUCCGUCGACAAGGCCACCGCGUUCGCCAAGGCCAACAACUUCCCUCCCGACGCCAGAAUCUACGGCUCCUACGACGCCCUUUUGGACGACCCCGACGUCGACGCCGUCUACAUCCCUCUCCCCACCAGCCUGCACAUCCAGUGGGCCGUCCUCGCCGCGCAAAAGAAGAAGCACAUCUUGCUUGAGAAGCCCGUCGCGCUCAACGUGGCUGAGUUUGACAAGAUUGUGGAGGCUUGUGAAUCUAAUGGGGUGCAGCUCAUGGAUGGUACCAUGUGGAUGCAUCACCCCAGGACUGCCAAGAUGCGGGAGUUUCUUUCUGAUGCCAAUCGUUUUGGUCAACUCACGUCGAUAAACACGUGCUUUACAUUUGCUGCUGAUCCUGAUUUCCUGAAGAAUGAUAUUCGCGUGAAGCCAGACCUAGAUGCUCUUGGUGCUCUUGGGGAUGCAGGGUGGUACUGCGUCAGGGCAAUCCUGUGGACUACUAACUAUGAACUGCCAAAGACAGUUGUUGCCUUGCGCGGCGCUAUAUUUAAUGAAGCUGGGGUAAUUUUAUCUUGUGGAGCUUCUCUACACUGGGAAAAUGGGAAAGUGGCAACCUUCCACUGCUCUUUCUUGUCAAGUUUGACAAUGGAUAUAGCUGCUAUCGGUACGAAGGGAACAUUACAUGCCAAUGGUUUUGUUAUCCCUCAUCGAGAGAAAGAAGCCUCUUUCUCUGUAGCCUCAGAAACUUGGUUUGAUGAUCUUGUGACCUGUUGGGUGCCACCCCCAAGUGAUCAUAUUGUAACCACAGAUCUUCCACAGGAAGCUCUUAUGGUAACCGAGUUUUCUCGCUUGGUUGGGAUUGUCAAAAAUGGUUCUGCACCUGAGAAGAAAUGGCCAAUCCUUAGCAGGAAGACACAGCUAGUACUCGAUGCUGUCAAGGCAUCAAUAGACAAGGGUUUUGAGCCUAUUCCUAUUGAGUAUUAACUCAGGUGCAUCUUAUUUCUGUUUUCAUCUUCUUUUCGUGCUUAAGGUACAACAGCCAAUAAUAAAAUGUGUAUCCAUUUUUACACCUAGUUAUUAAGGUGUACGUCAUCUGUCUUCACUCCAGCUCAGGCCCUAGUGAUUUCCAUGUUCUGUGAUGAUAAUUUAUGCUUAGUUUGUCAGGUUUAUGGCAUCUAUCACUGGCUCAGGCCCGGUGAAACCAUAAUGUGCAAUACUGUAUAAAUGUAUGCAUGCUUUAAUAAACAAAUUUACUUACAACUACUAUUGAAAGAAACAUGG